AUUUAGCUGGAGUAAGUUGGUGUGACAGGCAGGAGCUUAAAUACCAGCCCAUGAGGAAGCUGAGCUGGUCUGUAAUGACAGGGCGCCAGCAGCAGCCGCAGCCGAGUCUGAGGAGGUGGAGGAACCGAGAGCCAUGAACACACAGGUGUUUCUGAGGAGGAAUUAGAUAGCUGUGAGGGAGAAAAUACAUCUUCGAGUUUUUACCUGUGAACACAAUAGCACUGAGGGAGACAAUCUGAAAGCAAAGAGGAAGAGAUCUGGUCAGUCACACCAAGAUACACACCAAAAGUUGAAAGUUUGGGGUUUUUAUUUUUUUUCCUUUGUUUCAUUUUUCCCCUGUGUGUCACUACAAUGGUCAGAAAGCCUGUUGUGCCCACCAUCUCUAAUGGAGGUUACCUGCAGGGGAAUGUCAACAGGAGGCUGCCCUCCCUGGGUGGCAAGGAGCCGCCUGGGCAAGAGAAGGUGGUGCUGAAGAAGAAAAUCACUUUGCUGAGGGGCAUCUCCAUCAUCAUAGGCACAAUCAUCGGAGCAGGGAUCUUCAUCUCUCCUAAGGGCGUGCUCCAGAACACGGGCAGCGUGGGCAUGUCUCUGCUUAUCUGGACAGUCUGUGGGGUCCUGUCACUAUUUGGAGCCUUAUCUUAUGCUGAACUGGGAACAAGUAUAAAGAAAUCUGGUGGUCAUUACACAUACAUUCUGGAAGUCUUUGGUCCGUUGCCUGCUUUUGUACGAGUCUGGGUGGAACUGCUCAUAAUACGCCCUGCAGCCACAGCAGUGAUAUCUCUGGCAUUUGGACGCUACAUUCUAGAACCAUUUUUCAUUCAGUGUGAAAUUCCUGAACUUGCAAUCAAGCUCAUUACAGCUGUGGGCAUAACUGUGGUGAUGGUACUAAAUAGCAUGAGUGUCAGCUGGAGUGCCCGGAUCCAGAUUUUCCUAACCUUUUGCAAGCUCACAGCAAUUCUGAUAAUUAUAGUUCCUGGAGUUAUGCAACUAAUUAAAGGGCAAACACAACACUUCAAAGAUGCCUUUUCAGGAAGAGAUGCAAGUAUUAUGGGGUUGCCACUGGCCUUUUAUUAUGGAAUGUAUGCAUAUGCUGGCUGGUUUUAUCUCAACUUUGUUACCGAAGAAGUGGAAAAUCCUGAAAAAACCGUCCCCCUUGCGAUAUGUAUAUCCAUGGCCAUCGUAACCAUUGGCUAUGUGCUCACAAAUGUGGCCUACUUUACAACUAUUAGUGCCGAGGAGCUGUUGCUUUCAAACGCAGUGGCAGUGACCUUUUCUGAGCGGCUACUGGGAAAUUUCUCGUUAGCAGUUCCGAUCUUUGUUGCCCUCUCCUGCUUUGGAUCCAUGAAUGGCGGUGUGUUUGCGGUCUCCAGGUUAUUCUAUGUUGCAUCUCGAGAGGGUCACCUUCCAGAAAUCCUCUCCAUGAUUCAUGUCCGCAAGCACACACCUCUGCCAGCUGUUAUUGUUUUGCAUCCUCUGACAAUAGUAAUGCUCUUCUCUGGGGACCUCUACAGUCUUUUGAGUUUCCUCAGUUUUGCCAGGUGGCUUUUUAUUGGGCUGGCGGUUGCUGGGCUGAUUUAUCUUCGAUACAAACGCCCAGAUAUGCAUCGUCCUUUCAAGGUGCCGCUCUUCAUCCCAGCUCUGUUCUCCUUCACUUGCCUCUUCAUGGUGGCCCUUUCCCUUUACUCGGACCCAUUUAGCACAGGGAUUGGCUUCAUCAUCACGCUGACCGGGGUCCCUGCAUACUAUCUGUUUAUUAUAUGGGACAAGAAACCCAAGUGGUUUAGAAGAAUGUCAGACAGUAUAACCAGAACAUUACAAAUAAUACUGGAAGUUGUACCAGAAGAAGAUUGUCAUAAAUUAUGAAUUACUGCGUUUGAAAUCUUGGCUAUUUAUCCUUGGUCUUGCCUCUGCCCAAAGGGCUGAAACAAAAUACGGACCUUGACUUCAUUUCAUGAAAUCCAAAAGUUUGCAAUUUUAGUGAUGGACUAAAGGAAUCAGUCAUUUAUAUUAAUAUUAUUUAGUGUAUUCAAACUGGUUUCUGAGGAGUUUAGUUACAAUUCCAUGUAGUUAAAGGGGGCUGAUAUGCAAUUAUACCCCGAGUUCACAUGAUUCCUGAGUUCCUGAUACCUACUCAUCAAGGUUAGAGGGAAAGGUUACGGAAUGGACAAUUGCUUCUGUGGUUUUUCUCUAUAACAUAUCUUAUUGUGGCUAAGAACUUUCAAAUUGAAGACUGAGAUGUUUUCUGUACAUCUGAGUUUUAUAAAAAUACUUUUUACAUACUGUAGAUGACUAUACUGUGAAAAAUACAUGUCAUCAUUAUAGAUGGAGGAAAGAAAGACAUUGUAUUUUACAUUGGCAUUGCAUUGCUUCCCUCUAGGUAACAACUUAGAUAUCACUUAUCUUUUAAUGGAUUAUACUUAAAUCAUUUUAAACAAAGAACAAAGAGGAUGCCUAAUUUUAAUCAGAAGAACUUGUAGGGACUAUUGCUUAUGAGACAAAUCCAGAAAUUAUGUUUGAGUAAAAAUCCUAGAGAAUUUAUUAUGUUAGGAUUUUUUUUCCACUCUAUCAGGAAGUUCCACAGUUAUGUGCCAUUUUGUUUUCAUGGCAGCCCAUUUGCAGGAAAGCAUUUAACACCUUUUUUAGAGCAAAUAAUAGUCAGUUUGGUAUUAAAUCCUCUUAAGCACAAUCAGUUGUUUCACUAAUAAUUUACUCCUUUAUAAAUGUAUCUAAAUAAGUACAUUUUUAAAUCUUCAAAUUUCAGUAUCCAUAGAAGACAUCAUCAAGAAAUCAUCAAGAAAGAAAAUGCCCAAAAUAUUAUGCCCAACUAUAAUCAUAUCUGUAUAGUGUUAGGAAUUGAGAGCAGUUCUUUUAUUUCAUGUAUUUUUUUACAUUAUGAUGAAUUUUGACAGUCUGUACAUUUCCUUUAUAUAUUUUAUAUUCUGUUAAAAAUAUCUCUUUGAAUCAAACUGUCCAGAUCAAUUAGGAAAAGGCAUAUGUUUACAUAAAAAUUGAGGAAGAAAUGUCACUGCUAAAUAAGAUUUACAACUGAUAUUUCUAAAACAUUUCUACUUCUAUAUCUAGACCGUGUCAGUAAUUUCCUCACCUUAAGUAUCAUUCAACUUGCAAAAGAGAUAACUGAUAACAAAUUCACUGAAAAAGGAGAAGCUUUCAUGAUGUGUUAUUCAGAUGUCAUUAUACUGAAUUUAUAAAAUAUUCUGACAUUUCAGAUGAGUAAUAUAAUGAUGAAAUUUGUUUACUACUAUUUAUACACAUCUAAGAUGAAACAGUCACAGCCAGAGUAUGUUUCAUCCUUUAAUUUUUAAAACAAGAACUUUUGAAAGAAUAACACUCAUUAAAAUCAUUAGCAGUGGAUACAGAGUUCAUAGAAACUGACCAAAGUAAAUGAUUGAUGAUUUAUAAUUUGAGGCAGUUCCAGUUCACUAAUUUCAGUUUUUACUCUUGAUAACAUUUAAUAUAUAUCUGAGAUUGACAUUUUUUUUUCAGCCAAACCUAGUGUUUAGGUCUUUAAAUACAUAAUCAUACAAAAUCCUUCCUCUUUCUCUUACCAUAUGGUUUUCAAAAUUUGAUCCUGUAGUCUCUACUUCCUGUAUCUAUUCAUCCACAUUGCUCCCCACUAUACUGUUUUGAGAGUUAAAAAUAUGUUUCCUUUAUAUCCCUGCUUUUUAAAAGUUGGCCUGUAAAAUCUAAACCAGCAAACUCUUCUUGAGUUUUUUCUUAUUUAAUGAAAAAUGUGGUGAAGUCUU